CAAGCGAGCGGAUGAGAAAAGGUACGAGCGAGUGCAAGCGCUCGAAGUGGAUUGAGUGUGGAAGGGAUUGAAGGAGAGACAUGACAAAAUAUCAAGAGGGAAAGCACGCACUACCAUGCGAGCUAAAUUUGCGACCGCUGGAAUAGAGGAUGUCGGAUUAAUGGUGACUAUUAUAACCCGUUUUCGCAGAGGAAGGUUUUCGAUUGGGACUUUGGAAGAGAGGGUCCGCGGGGAAACAUGGCCGAAGGAGGGGCGGUUAAAGGUGGUGCAGAAUACACCGCCAAAUCGGCGGAGCAGGAAGAGCGGAUUCUGCCCCAGCCUCUGUCGGGAGCAGGCCACUGCAAGUGGUUCAAUGUUCGAAUGGGGUUCGGAUUUAUAUCAAUGACCAGCAGCGAGGGGAGCCCCCUAGACCUCCCUCUGGACGUAUUUGUCCACCAAAGUAAGCUGGUGAUGGAUGGCUUCCGCAGCCUGAAGGAGGGCGAGCAGGUGGAGUUCACCUUUAAGAAGUCCUCCAAGGGCCUGGAGUCCCUGCGGGUGACGGGGCCGGGCGGGGGAUCAUGCGCGGGCAGCGAGAGGAGACCCAAAGGGAAGGCCACGCCCCAGAAGAACCGCAAACAAAAGGGUGACCGCUGUUAUAACUGUGGAGGUCUGGACCACCACGCCAAGGAGUGUGGCCUGCCCCCCCAGCCAAAGAAAUGCCACUACUGCCAGAGCAUCAUGCACAUGGUGGCCCAGUGUCCCCACAAGGCGCCGCCCACUGGCUCUCAGGACCCCCUGCUCCCCUCUACCUCGACCGACCUGUACCCCCCCGACGAGGAGGAGCGCUCGGGUUCAUCCCCCCUCGAUGGCCCCUCGUCCUCCCCGGAAGUAGGCGGGGAGAAGGGGAGAGGUGUACCAUGACCCUGACUCCCCUAACCUAAGGAACCCCCAAAAUCCCAUCCCUAAUCUACCUCACACUCGUGAACAAAAAUGGGAGGUAUAUUUUUGGGGGGACCAGCGAAGUUAUGGCAACGAUCACCGGGAUACGGAUUUGUGUGAAUGUGUGUGACUGGCUGACUGGUUGUCAUCUGGUUGCAGCUAUGGCAACCAUCGCUGGGGAUACGGACUCAUGUGAAUGACUGUGUGUGACUUCUCAAUCAGUGCAGCUCAAGAGACAAAAUGGUCUAAAAGAGAAACAAGGGUUAGGGUUAAGGGUUAGGGUGAUUGUGAACCUGAGUUAGAUGACUGGUGUCAUCCGUAACACUUUGUGUGGUAGUUUCUGAAUAGAACUCGGUUUCCUUUUAGAUUUUAGUUCACGUGUUUCAUAUUAUAUUAUUAUUCUAAACAUCAUGAUGCCUCUUUUUUAGCAUUAAGACUUUUUUAAAAAAGGCCUUGAUGUAGGCCAGUGUUUCCUAAUCGAGCAUAUUUUAGUUUUGCCCUAGCAGUAACACACUUGAUUUAACUUAUCGCCAAGCCUUUGAUUAUUUACAAUCCGGUGUGUUAGUGAUACAUCAAAAACUAAAAUGUGUACCCCUUUGGCUCCCCGGGACCAAGAUUGCAAAACACUGAUUGGUCCUCUAUAAAAACAAUAGAACUGCAAAAAAUCUGAAUCCAAAUGAUGCUUCAGUGUGACCUAUUGUGUUGGCGAGAGCACCAUGGAUACCAGGGUGAAAGGUUGGAAAGAGGAUGGGGGCGUAGGACCCAUUCAAUAACCCUUGUGGUCGUGUGCAACGCUCUGCUUUACAGAAACAGAACUGGAACAACUGCCGCGGGGGGCAACAAUGGUUGCAAUGGUUUCAUAAGAACCAGGAACUGGUUGUUAUAUCGUUGUUAUUAUAUGGUUGUAAUGACGUCAUUUCAACCAGCUUUGCCCACUGGGUGAUUGUUGUUAAACCUAGUUUGAAGUGUGUGUGUGUGUGUGUGUGUGUGUGUGUGUGUGUGUGUGUGUGUGUGUGUGUGUGUGUGUGUGUGUGGCAUAGCCUGGUGCAGUGAAGUCACCUUUGCUGUGUACUUCCCCAGUGGGUAGAUUUUGGCACAAGACAUCAUUGCAACCAGUAUUCUGCUGCGAAAAGAAGCUGUCCUGAACCACAGAAGAUCAGCUUUUCUAGUUCAGUGGUACUAACAAUUGACUGCACAGUGCUAGUGGGGGAAUAGUAUUGAAUCCAGGCAUGUGUGCACUUGCUUGUGUAGAAUUUAGUGUGAGUUGAUAGGCUACUCGAGUCCGGUACCCAGACCACAUAUGGAGUGUCUCGGGCUUGUCUCGGAUACAUUUUUAAUCUGUCUUGACUGUUUCGGCUCAGUCUCGGACAAUGAGGACUCGUAAACAAAAUCUGAAUUAUCAGCACCCGUUCAGUCAAUGCUUCACCAUGCCAAAUAUCCACACUCCUUUUAUAAACACCUUUCAUACUUACCCAUCACAAUACUGUCCUUUACUACAGUGCAUUCUGAAAGUAUUCAAACCCCUUGAAUUGCUCCUCAUUUUGUUACAUUACAAGCCUUAUUCUAAAAUGGAUUCAAUAAAUGUUUUUCCUCAUCAAUCUACACACAAUACCCCCUAAAUGACAAAGCGAAAACAGUUUUUUUAGAAAUGUUUGCUAAUGUAUUACAAUUACAGAAAUACUGUACAUUUUUAGCUCUUUUUUUUAUGGCGGCGAUCUGACACAAUUUCAAUCAUGGUCUUGAAUUGGACUCGCAUUGUUCUGGUCUCGGUCUUGACUCGAACUCGCCCCGGUCUCGGUCUUGACUCGGUCACACAACACUUCUUAGCUAAGAAACCAUUAUUAUCCACCUCUAGGUUUAAGUUCCAAAAACAUUGAAAAAAUGCCAUUAUUUAAUUGGACUUCUACCAUCUGCAUUUGGGCUGUUGACUAAUUAGUUGGAGAUAGUGUCACAGUUUAUGAAGUCACAAUAUAAGUCAUUAAUAUAUGUAUGAAAGAAUAGCAUAUUCUAAAACAAUUAUUACAUUUAAGUAUAGAGUAAAUUAUUUCUGGCAUAGUUUAAGGAACUAUGAAUUUUGCGUAGGAUUCUUUAUUGUCAAGCACCAUCACACCUCUCUCUCCCUUUGACCUGUGUGACAUCACUCAUUUGACCCGUUCAGUCAAUGCCCUCUCCGUUUAUAGUCAUUUUCUACAUUUAUGUCUCUCUUUAUUUCGAUCACUCCAUCUCACUCUUAUCCUCCCUCCGCACGAUCAAAAUAUCUGAUCACUCUCACAUCACUCUACCUCUCUCUAUCGUUCUAUCUGUCCCCGUUCCUCUUUUCUGACUAAAUGCCUUACCCAUAUAGGAAAAACUCGGACCCCUAGUCCUAGGCCUAGUAUUAGUCAAAUCACAUAGCCUCUACAUCUGUCUGAUGUCAAAGCUUUCUAUCCCUAUAUACACACCCCUGUCCCUCUCCCAUCUAUGCCUGUGGUACCACCUGUUUCCCACUCAAAACGGGAUCCCCAAACACUGCUGCUCGUUAUUCAAAUAGUCCAGAGAUUUAUUAAGAGCUGAAAAAGAGGUAGGGGAAAAAAAUGUAAGUGCUGCUUUUCGUAUGACUUGAAUCCUCUGCGAGUUUCUAGUAGCGCUUAUACUAAUGAAACAUGACAGCUCUUCUCUGACCAUAUUGAAUGUGAAAAGAACUCUGAAGUGGCUCUCCUCACAAAAGUCAAUGAGGGUUACUUUGGAGUCGUAUCUUCUUAAUGUGCUGACAAAUCAAAUGGCUUUGUAUGAUGAUGUCAAACUAGCUCGUCUUUUCUAAAGCUCGAAAACAAAUGACAUAGACAAGCAACAGUCUUUGGUAUACAUUUCUAUAAAAGAGUUUGGCUUUAUUUGAAGGCAUUGUAAAAGUAGGACUUGCUUUGCUGUUCCUGCUCCUUUGGAAUUUCAAGAGAUUGUUUCUGAAAGUUCAACACUGAGGUUGUUUAUGUACAGCUUUUUGAAUGUGUGAUGUGCAUGGAAUUGAAUCCAAUAAGCGGACAACAACAGAGAGGGAAAAAAAGAGAAUGACCAAACCACACAAUGAGCACAGCCCAUUUUUGUACUAUGUAUAUAUAUUUUUUUAUCCACAAUUCCUCUCAGGAUGAUAAACUGUUCUCAGGGAAUUAAUCAAAAAAUGUAUAUUUUAUUAUUUUGGGAAUCAUCCACCGACUGCUCGGUGAACUCUGAACAGUAAAGUUUAACGGUUCUGUA